AGAGCCAAUUUCCUUCCCUUCGGGCCGACGGGGCUGUGGGUGACUCCACGCAGGCCCCGCCCGCCGCCAGCGUCGCCCCUCGGGCCGAGCAGCUGCGGCCCCCGAUCCGUGUGGGGCCGUGUGGGGCCGUGUCGGGGCCAUGUCGCGACACAGGCGGGUUCUGCGGCGGCAGCCCGGCGGGGCUGCGGGGGACUGGGCUGCCGGCGCCGCGGGGCGCGCCCGGGCCGAGGCCCUCAGGGAGGUCGGCGUGGACGAGGUGGUGGAAAUGGCGGUGCAGCUCGCCCUGGAGCGGUUCCGGAGCGGGGACGAGGCGGGUGCGCGGCACAGCCCGGCCCGGGGGCAGCCUGCGGCUGUUGGGAGGGCGCUGGCAGCGGGUCAGGGAGGGGAUCCUGCCCCUCUGCCCGGCCCUAGUGAGGCACGGCUGGGGUGCUGUGUCCGGCUCUGGGCUCCCCAGCACAGAGACAGGGAGCCACUGCAGGGGUCCGGCAGAGACCACCGAGAUGAGAUGAGAGAGAUGGAAUUUCCUUCUAGUUUCACUAGUACUGAAAGAGCAUUUGUUCACCGUCUCUGUCAGUCUCUUGGACUGGUAUCUAAAAGCAAAGGGUGAGUCAGGGUACAAUUUUCAGUUUUUUGGUGCAGACCAAUAGAAUUUCAAGACUAAUGAUAACCUGACUGAU